AUGGUGGAGGCCUGGCCUUUCCCCUACCUCCCCCUGGGGGCUCUGCUGGAAGCUCUGCAGUGUGAUCAGGACAUCUUGAAGGCGGCCCUCAAUGGCAUCGAUGCGCUGCUUGCCCGUGACUUUCGACCUAUACGUUGGGAACUCCAAGUGCUGGACCUCAGAAGGGACGCUGAGACCAACUUCUGGCACGUGUGGGCUGGGCUUGGGGAAGGGGUCUCAGCGAACCCCUCACGCAGGAGUGGGGCUGCGCAGCCCAGCCCAGAGAGGCGCGGAGUGGGGCCCUCCAGCACAGGGGAGAAGCAGCAGUACACCUCCAUGGAGGUGCUGGUGCUGCUCUCGGACCUGUGCUUCAUGGAACCCCCUGCAGAUGCCCUGCUUCCCUGGAUGGUGAAGAGGGUCAAGCAGAACAAACUUAUCCCUCGACUGUGCUGUAGGAACCUGGAAAUUCUUGAUGAGCGUCUGGAAAACUCUAUUAUGCAUAGGAUCUUGGAAAAAGUCGAGCUGGCUCGUGUGGAGCAGGUAGAUGUGAACUGUGACUGGAAUUUGGUUGACCUGGCCUCUUUUGUUCCUUUUCUGGGUCGCCUACCCCAGAUGUUCAAGUACCUACAAGCUCCCUUGGAGACCCUCUCUAUAACUAAUGGUGGCCUGAUGGAGUGUGACUUGAAAUAUUUGUCCAUGUUCCCAAGCACUAGCCAGCUCCGUCGCCUGAAUCUCAGCCACCAACAGCUGACACAUUUUAACCCUCACUAUCUUCACACUCUGCUGGAGAGAACCUCUGCCACCCUGGAAAACUUGAACUUAGGUUGGUGUAGAAUGACAGAGUUCCAGUUCACCACCAUCUUGCCUGCCCUGGGCCAAUGCUCCCGGCUCCACUGCUUCAGGUUCCCUGGAAACUGCCUCCGUAUGGCUGCCCUGGAGAACGUUCUGAGGCAUGUCCUCAGUCAGUGCAAGAUCCGAUUCCUAGAGCUGUCCCUCCCUGUGGAGUGUGGUAUGGACCCCGAAGCAACUAGAAAUUGGAGGGCUAUGGAGGACUGGCAGAACAUGCUCCGUGUGAUAGAGAUGGACCUAGGGGUGCAGCUAACAAG